GGCGAAUGCCAGGGCGUCCCCCGCUCGCCUCCGCCUCAGUCUGCCAGCGACGCUGCGAGGAGGGCAUGAGGAGCCGGCGCGCCUGCAGGAGCCGAGCUGGCCGAGUUCCCCGGAGCCUAUAGCAUCUUCUUCUAGUAGGUGAGUACACUGCAUAAUCUAACUAUAAACAAUUAUCCACCAGUAUAUUCAAGUAUACUAUUCUUUUAAAGAAUUUUCGCAACAUUAUGAAGUUAACAGCUUGAAGCUAUAUAGCAGCCAAACUGUAUUUAAAUUUUAUAGGUCAGCAUAUUUUAUAGGGGGUAGCCUUUGCAGUCUCACGUUUCCUUCUCGUAUUAGUUGUUAGGAUAUAAUUUAGCAUGCGAUUGUUGCAUUAGUUUGCAGCCUUGAAAAGAAAGUGCUUCUUAUCACUGACAUACAUUUGAAGCCCAUUGUCAGAUAACGGUGCUGAUUGUAGUUGCAUGUGACACAGAUCUGCUGUUGGGAAAAUGGCUGAAAAAGAACUAUUCUAGAACCAUGUCGGCAGAAUUGGGCUGCUUUCAUUGUAAGAGCCAUUCAUUGCAUUCAGUUCUGAAUGCCAGAUUUUAAAAGUAGGACGAUUCAAAAUAGAAAGAAAUGGGUACAGGCGGCAUUUUGAAGGCACAUCUGCCUAGGCAAAUAAUACCUGGUUUGGGUUUUUUUUUUAAAAAAAGUUUGUUUUAAAAGGAUGUGUGUGAAGGAUAACGUGGUAGGAAACUUGUGCAGGUUUCUUAGCAAUGAACAUUUAACAGAGGAAAUAUGGUAUUGUUGCUUAGGGUUGCAUGUGAAAGCUAUAAAUUUCCUUGAGUUAUUUUGAACUGAUUUCAAGCGAUAUUCAAGCUUCUGGCAGCUUGAAUUAUACUCAUUAUACUGUAAAGUAUGUUGAAAAUAUGUUGCUUCUUUGUUAUAGGUGUAUCACCUAAGACCAUGAUUAAGCUGUUAAGGAGAGGCACCUAAAAGGUGGCAAUUAGGAGGUAUAUACUCAUUCUCACAGCCCAGUGAGGCACAGGGCUGCAGGGCAGCAUGGUCACUGUCAUGGCCAAAAGAGCUAAUAAUCAUAUAAUCAUAGAGUUGGAAGGAACCACAAGAGUCAUUUAUUCCAACCUGCUGUAAUGCAGGAAUCUUUUGCCCAACAUGGGGCUCGAACCCACACCCCUGAGAUUAAGAGUCUCAUGCUCUACCGACUGAGCUGGGUCUCCCCAGGAUCUCAUGGGGCUUCUUCAUCUUGCAUGGCCGGAUGAGAUCUUAGAGAAGGGAGGGACAACAGGCCCUUUAAAAAGGCCAGUCCCACCCAGACUUGGCUUCUCUUUCCUUUCAUCACCUUUACUCUUAAUUGGCUUUGUAAUAUCAUGUAUUGUUGCGAUACCAUUGCUUAUAGAGCGAUCCUAACUAUGCCUACACAGUGGUAAGGCCUACUGAAUUCAAUGAGGCUAACGCCCAGGUAAGUAGGAUUAGGAUUGCUGCCUUAGCGUGUGAUUCCCGAUUGUCACUCUGGUAAGAAGGAAAAUGCUGGAAAGCAGAAGUGACACAAGAACCAACAGCUGCUUAAAUAGGCAAGUGAAAACAGAGUACGUGAAGCAUUUCACAUGCUCUGAAACCACCUUGCUGUUUCACGCACGUCCCCAAAUAGCUCCCAAAAAAACUUCAUAGGUGACUAUUUAGUGAAGCCGGGCAUCAUUCUGGAGUUUGCUAGAACGGUAUUGCUUUUCAUUGAAAAUCUGUCGUCUUUGUCUGUGCAUCAGAUACUGGACACAUGGACAACGGCAGCCGUGUAAGCUAAAUCCACGAUGCAUUUGUAGUGCUGUUGUAAUUUAUUCUGUCAGCAAGCAGGCUAUACUAGGGGCUUGAAUUACCACCUUUGUUGGAAGGUAGGACUGAUAUGAAUUUUUAAUCUCAACAAGGAAUGCUACAAAGGAGCCACUUCAUAUAGGGAAUACUGUGGACCUGGGUCUUACCCUUGCUUGUUAAAGUUUCUGAGUUUUAUUUAAGGCGUGCUCUUUCAUCUUUCUCUUUUCAAGUUUUCUACUUAUGCCUUUUUGUAGACUAGGAAGCAAAGGAGAUUUGCAGCUGCAUGGGGGAGGGGAAUGUUCCUACUCUUACGAAUGAAUUUGAAAGCCAGCAAUUUCUUAAUCAUUUACCAGAAUGGAUGUUUCCUAUUCUAGCAGCAGAAGGAAAUGUUUACAUUAUGAGAUGCAGCAGCCUUUUCCAGACAAUACUAUGACUCUGGCUUUUUGACUAUUUAUCACAUGCAACAGCUACUAUAAUUAUGCCCAGCAGUCAAGGUUUCCAUUUAGAAAAGCAUGAGUAGGUGGUGGAGGGAUGGGCUGGGACACCAAUAUAUUUUCUAUUUAAAAGGAAGUUUGUUGCACUUGAACCGGGAUUUCCUGAAACAAAGAUUUGCUGAUAAAGGCUUACUUUACAGUUGAUAAGCAAAAUGGAUCCCUGGGUAUUAUGUUGGUUGCCCCUUAGCUCUGUUCUGGAUGAAAAAGAGGUCCAUGAUGGAAUACUCCUGUUCAAUCUUGCUAAUUUCCAUUAGUUUUCUGCACAGCGAAGCGUUGCGUGGCAACGGGACUGCAUCACUUAAUGAUACAACAACAAGCCCUCCAAAAGAAAACAGUCCACCGCCACAUCUGUUGACUUCAAUGCUGAUCCUGAUUCUGGUGUUUAUAAUUUUGAUCCUUUUAGCUGGCUAUUUCUUCAGGUUCAGGAAACACAGAAAAGCAGUGGUGACUUCAAGUGAUAAAAAAAUACCGAAUGGAAUCUUAGAAGAGCAAGCAGAACAACAGAUGCUUCUCAGAAGGUCUCCUUCUGGCCCAAAAAAGUAUUUUCCUAUUCCAGUGGAACAUCUGGAACAUGAAAUACGGAUAAGAGCAGCUGAUGAUGGAAAGUUGUUUCGGGAGGAGUUUAAUUCAUUACCUCCUGGAUAUAUUCAAGGAACACUUGAGAUGGCAAAUAAAGAGGAAAACAGAGAAAAGAACAGAUAUCCCAACAUACUACCUUACGACCAUUCCAGGGUAGUUUUAAUGCAAAUAGGUGGACUUCAGUGUUCAGACUACAUCAAUGCUUCAUAUAUAGAUGGCUAUAAGGAAAAGAAUAAGUUUAUAGCAGCUCAAGGCCCUAAACAAGACACUGUAAAUGAUUUCUGGAGGAUGAUAUGGGAACAAAAGUCUGCAACUAUUGUCAUGUUAACAAAUGUGAAAGAGAGAAAAGAGGACAAGUGUUUCCAGUACUGGCCUGAUCAGGGAUGCUGGACUUAUGGAAGCAUCCGAGUUUCUGUGGAGGACUGUAUAGUUCUUGUGGAUUAUACUAUUCGGAAGUUUUGUAUUCAGUCACAGGUUUCUGAUGGCUGCAAAGCUCCCAGGCUUGUGACACAGCUUCAUUUCACCAGCUGGCCUGAUUUUGGAGUGCCUUUCACACCUAUUGGAAUGCUCAAAUUCCUAAAGAAAGUAAAAUCAUUGAAUCCUGCACAUGCUGGACCAAUUGUGGUUCACUGCAGUGCUGGUGUGGGUCGUACAGGCACAUUCAUGGUAAUCGAUGCUAUGAUUGACAUGAUGCAUGUUGAGCAAAAAGUUGACGUUUUCGAGUUUGUGGCAAGAAUCCGCAAUCAACGCCAACAAAUGGUUCAGACCGAUAUGCAGUAUUCCUUCAUUUAUCAAGCCUUACUUGAAUACUACCUCUAUGGUGACACAGAACUAGAUGUGUCCUCCUUAGAAAAGCACCUGCAGCCAUCGCACAAUGCAGCACCAAAUCUCGUCAAACUAGGGCUAGAAGAAGAAUUUAAGAAAUUAACAAAUGUUCGAAUAAUGAAAGAAAACAUGAGAACUGGUAAUCUGCCUGCAAAUAUGAAGAAAGCCAGAGUUAUCCAAAUCAUCCCAUAUGACUUUAACAGAGUGAUUCUUUCAAUGAAAAGAGGUCAGGAGUAUACGGAUUAUAUCAAUGCUUCCUUCAUAGACGGCUAUCGCCAAAAGGAUUACUUCAUCGCAACUCAAGGACCUCUUCCUCACACUGUGGAAGACUUCUGGCGAAUGGUGUGGGAAUGGAAAUGCCACACAAUUGUAAUGCUCACCGAAGUUCUCGAAAGGGAGCAGGAAAAAUGUUUUCAGUACUGGCCAUCAGAGGGAUCUGUUACUUAUGGAGAGAUUACCAUCGAGAUAAAGAGUGACUCACUGGCUGAUGCCAUAAGCGUCAGGGACUUCCUGAUUAUGCACAAUCAGGAGAAGCUGGGCAGACUUGUCCGACAGUUUCAUUUUCAUGGAUGGCCUGAAAUUGGAAUUCCUGCUGAGGGGAAAGGAAUGAUUGACCUCAUUGCAGCUGUCCAAAAACAGCAACAGCAGACAGGAAACCAUCCCAUUACAGUGCACUGCAGUGCUGGAGCUGGAAGAACAGGUACAUUCAUUGCACUCAGCAAUAUUCUGGAGCGAGUCAAAGCUGAGGGGCUCUUAGAUGUAUUUCAAGCUGUGAAGAGUUUACGACUGCAAAGACCACAUAUGGUGCAAACACUGGAACAAUAUGAAUUCUGCUACAAAGUGGUACAAGAUUUCAUUGACAUAUUUUCUGAUUAUGCCAAUUUCAAGUGAAAACUCCUGCCUUAUUAUUAUUAAUUUAAUCAUCUGUACAGAGAUUUGUAUAUCAUGUUAAUUUAUUUCCAUUGACUUUUUAAAAACUCUAAAUGUACAUACUACCAUGUUUGGCUUGCUCGGAAUGCCUCCUUAGAUGUAUAAAUUAUUCAAGACUUUCACUCUCUGAUCCAAAGGAGCAUGCACGGAACAGUUUAAAAAAAAAACCUGAAGAACCUGUUUGAUUCCAGAGUCCCACUUUCCCUCCCAAACAGCCAAACAGUUUUGAAAUGCUCAACAUGUGCAGCUUCAGCACAUAAAAUAGGGGAGCUGCACAUGUGGCACACUUUUGCAUGUGUGACACCCCAUUCAGCUGGGGAUAUGUGUGCAAAGGCUGUGUCUGUGUAUCUGGUUCCCCAAGCUGGAUCAAGGUGAUCUUUAAAGUUUUGCAUACCAGAUGGCCGUGUACAAUAUAUCACAGUAUAAACUAUUAUGAAUAUAGGGCACAAUCCAGCCUAUGUUAGGCAUAUUCAAUACCCACUGAUUUCAGUGGGUGUAUUAAGCUUAUGCUUAAUUUUUUCCCAUUGAAGUUAAUGGGAUUUGGAGUCCAGUUAAUGGUCUGGGAGCACUUGAUGCUGCAGCACUGCUGAAGCUAAGUGUGCAUGGACCUGAUCAGCCCCUUGGAUGGGAGUCAAUCGAAGAACAGGAAAUAAAUACUUUUAAAAUACAUUGAUGGAACUUCAAAAAUGCUUGGUUUUGCUGGAUCAUACCCACAUUUUUUCCCCUGAACAUCUAUGAAAUUAUGCCUUUUAAUUUUUAGUUUUUAACUUUUAGAUGACUUAUAAAAUAACCCGUGUUUAUAAAGCAGAGGAAUAAGAGUGAAUAGGCUGGAUCCAAAUUCAUGCACAUGACAAUUAUUUCUCUUAGAGCAAGUUCCACACAAUGGCCACAUGCUACUAGGAAACACUGUGUACACCCCACUGAAAUGAGUGUGGCCACCCAAGAGCAUAUGCAUUUGCUUGCUGCAUUCAUCUCAGUAUUUGCAGAGUAUUCUCUUUUUUGGUUGUAGUGGUGUUUUGAAGCUUUUAUGUUCAUCAGCACCUUGCUCCACAUGUAAACCUGUUGAUGCUAAUGUGAACUGCUGACUGGGGAAGACACUAUUUGAGGUGCUCUAGAAAGUUGGUUAAUAUUCCACAACUAUUAAUCUUAACGUUCAAUAGCCAAAUUAUAUCUGUUUGCUUUUUUUUGUAUUUUUAAAGCAUUCUUCCUGUUAAGCACAACUCAUUCAGUGGCUUAUAUAUAAUGGUACAUGAAUCCUCUACAAGCAACAGUCUAAGAUUUUGAACCUUAGCAAAAAAAACAAACCAUAAAACAUAUAAUUAUUUUUGAAGACAAGAUUCUCUAGAUAGUUCUGUUAUAAUUAUGAGCUGUAACUUAGCACCAUAAUGCAAAUACUGAGUUCGUUGAAUUCAGUAAAAUAAUCUUAAAAGAUCACCUUAAGUUAUUUAACCUGAUAUAAUUUUUUAAAAGAAAUAUUAACAUAAAGUAACAUAUUUAAUGUAAGUUAAUUAAUCAAUAUUUUGAAACUAUUUUGUAUUUUGAAAAGAAAGAGGUUCUGUUCUUGCUAUUACAAAAAGGUAUAUUGCCAGAUAGAAAGCAAAUAUAUAAAGGAAAACAUAUACUUUCAAUUUAAAACAAUCUAGCUUAAGAUAGUUAUGGCUAAGCACUACUGAAAGCAACACAACUUCAGUAAUUAGUGGCAAACUUGCUUCACUGGUGUCAAUGGAGUAUAGUCAUGACAAAUCUUUAGUUGAAUCAGGGAAUAGCAUCUACUGAAGUCAAUACAUUUACUUCCAAGUCCUUAGAAUAGUGGUGUUAGCGUUCAAUUAAGUACACAGAUAAAUACACUUGGGAUCCUUUAAUGUCAGUGGUACUUAAUGGGAAUGUACAGUGUCCUGAUUGUCUCUCUACAAAUGGUGUGGUACUCCUCAAUGCUAGUAUGCUUUCAGACCUCCUAUAAGACCUAUGAAUUCACAAUUUUCUCCCUUAGUAUAAGUACACAGAACUAUCCCAGUAGUGUAGCCAAUGAAGUAUGGACAUGUAGGAGUGCCCACAAAAUUUGGGUUUGGACUGUUGGUGUGCAACAAACCGUUUACUGUUAGGGCACAAAACCCAUUUGUUUUGAACAGACUUGUGCGAAGGGUUGCUUCCUAGUGUCACAAUGGCUGUGACAAUAUAUAAAGCCCCGUGUGGCAAUGUCAUGGUCUGGACAAAACUAGCUUUGGAGACAAAUGACAAAACACACAGUACAUUUUAUAUCUAUUGCUCCCAUCUUUUUAGAAGGCAUAAAUUAAAGAGCACAAGUACAAAAGCAUAAAUUGUAUAUAAAUGUCUAAUAUGCAAUAGUUUGGGCUUGUUCGUUGGUGUUAUUUUUAAUACAACAAGGAAAGCCUUAUUGACAACUAUGUAGACUUUAACCUGGUCAUUACAUUUCAGCUCCUGCAUUAUUUUAAUCGAUGUUCAUUUUAAUACAUGACUGGAACGUGGAUACUUUUAGCUUUUCAGAGGAUUGCACGGUGUCCACAUGAGUCUUUUACUUACUGACUUUUAAUUGAAAACAGUUCAGGUUAGUCUAUAAGCACACUGUUUUUAAAGCACUGCCAUUUUAUUGCUUGUGUCUUCCCAGUAAUGCACUUCUGUAAAUCUAUAUGUAUAUAUACAGUUGUUAUGCACUUAAUGAAUAGAAUUUAUUGUAAGAGGUGAUUGAUGUUAAGCUCUCUAAGCCCCAAAGCAAACACCAUUACUUGGUUAAGAGUUGAAUGUAAAAUAAGCUUUCUAUUAUAAUAAGUUUGGAAAUCCAAACUCCAAAAUGUAAGGAAUCAACAGUCCAAUACACUAUGGACCCAAAUCUGUGAGCACAUUAAUAGAUGAAGAUAGGUGUGUUUUUUUAUUAAAAAAAACCCAACAACAACAACCCACUGUUUAUACCCACCACUUUAGAAGCUGCUUCCAAGAGCCUUUAAGAGUGUAAGACACUUUCUAAUGUACCGUAGUACAAAUUGUGUGGAAACUGCUGUUUUCAAAAUACUGGGGUUUUUAUUUAGGUAUGGCAAAACCACAAUCAUAUUCUUCCUAAUAUCUCUACUUUUGUUACAAUAGAGACAUGUGCUAGUCCUGGUAUUGAGUUUUUUGCCUACCAGAAAUUAGUAACACCUUUAGGCAUUUUUGGUGUCAGUGAAUAUGUCCCCUCAGUUUUCUUGGCUCCUUGACUAAUGGCCUCUCUGCACUUAGCCAAAGUUUCUUAUUCAGCUUGAUAACACAAAAAUAGUCUUUACAGUUACCAAUUUAGUCUCCCUCUUCUAAUUUCCCACUUCCUAGCUCUCAGUAAACCUAGAGUAGCAUAGGUAGCUGCUGUUCCCUUAUCCAUGACACUGGAAUUCCAUGUUUCUCUUAGUAUCUGGUCCAGUACCCCUUCCUUGACCUCUGACCAGCAACCAUAGCUGUGACUGUGAAAUCUGCUUAAGGGAAAGCAUUGCAGUUGUUCCUUUUUAAAUUAUCCAAACAAAGUCAUUUCCAGAUGUAGAGAAAAAUGCUGCCUUGGGGGAAGGAAGUAAUUAUUAGGUAAUAUUUCUAAUGGUAUCUAAUAGAUAAUAUUUCUAAUAGUAUCCAUAGUAUCUCUUAAUUUGUUGCUUGUUCUGUAAAGCAAUAUUUAAAAACGUAAGAUGUGGGCCAGAAAUGCACAUAGUGGAAUUCAUUAAUGAAGUAGGGGUGUUUAAACUUUUCUUAUAUUUAUCCAAGUGAAGCCAGAAUACUUGGGGUGAGGCUCAUUUUGGUAAUACUAAUAUGAGUUCACUUAAAAUGGAGCCAAAUGAGCAGCUUUCCUCCCCCAACGUGGAAUAAUUCCUAUACUCAAUAGUUUCAGAUACGUGAUUCCAUGGGAUUAAAUUCUCUGAAGUAAUCUGAAGCACAAAACCUUCUCUGUGGCUUUGUUGGAUUCCCUUCAGAAAACCUAGUUCUACUAGGUUCUCCCAUUUGGUGAUGACAAGAUUUGCCACAGUUGAGGAAAUACUGUGCUAAACCCAGCCAAAUCAGUUUUAAUCACAACUAAUCUUGUUUUAUGAGGUUGGUGAAUUGCAACUUUAGAAAGCUUGUUUUUCACUUCAAGGUGUUUAGUCAAAUAAGACUGUGAUACUUCGUACAAUGGUAUAACAGACAUAUUUAUGGGUUUCCACACUUCACUUUUUUUUACAUUGCAUGAGAUUGCAUUAAUAAAUGCCAAACAGUGAUUAGAAAUUCAUAUGUUCUGAUCUGCAUAACUAGUCACUAUGUGACUCAACUUAUUGUCUUGCGUGACAAUGGACACUGAUUGCCAAAGCUCUUAAGUACAUGCUUAACUCAGAACAGUCCACAAAUAGUAAUAUUGUUAAAGCAGUUUUUUCGAAGUAUGUUUCUAGAAACCCGGGGUUCCUUAUCAAUUUAUCGGGGAGUCAACAAUAGCUCUAUUUGCGUUUUAAAACCCUCAUGCGAUUAUAUUGCGUGAGGGGAGGUGUGUCAACUCCCCAGCUCCACCGUUCAUGAUGCUGGAUAUCUGCUAUACACCUGUAGAUCCAGUAUGAUUUAGAUCCUUGCACAACCAGCGACCUGAAUUGUGGAGAGCUAGCACUAAUGCAGCAACGUCCUGGCUACAGAUCUUUGCCCUCCAAUGCAUGGAGGGAGCAGGCCACAAGUAUGUGCCAGCACUCCCUUUAUUGCAUCUGCUUUUUAAUGCCUUGCAAGGACUAACGGCAAGAUAAAGAACUGUAACCCAGCUAACCAAAAGGCAUUUUAUCACUCGUUACUGAUAUUUUCCUGCAAAGUACAGCUGGGGAGACAUGUUCUUUGCAGGCCUGGCACCAGGGAUUAGCAAAAUCUGGCAGGGCCCCUCUAAUAGUUUAUAUACAUAAAAUUGCUUUGAAAACAAACGAGCAGUGUGCACACAGGCAUGCAAACAGUUAAUGUGUGUGGGAAAAUGUAGCUGUGUGGGGAGAGGAAGACUCUGGUCUUGGCCUUCUGUUGGCUGUAUGACAGCCAAGGUGUUUCCGUUCUAUGCUCGGAUUCCUUGCUCCCCUGAUUGUCACAGGAUUUGCAGAGCCCUCCUUGGCACUGUUGCAGAAGUUGGGAGAGCCUAAGCUCACAGUUUGCCUGGUCCACUUGAGGUCUCCCAUGUUACCAGUAGUGGAUCCUACAUCAGGCAGAUCACGCUCUGUGCUCUCGACUCAUCUUCUGUUAGAAGCAGCCCACCCGCACGCCCCAUUUAGUCAGCCAGCUAGCCCUCUGCAUGGAGCUUAGGAGCAAAAGAAGAUACUGGAGGAAGCCCUGCUCAUGCAUUCAAAAGAACACCUGAGCUUGAAACAGUCCAGGAGUGUGUGCACCAGCCCUGCCUCCAGUAUCCUCCUGUGUGCCAUCUCCACUCUCUCCUCUCCUGAGGUUUGAGCAGAAAUAUCUGCAGCAAUAUUCUAGCUGCAUUCAGAAAUUCCCUGCAGACCUUUGUGCUCAGAGCUCAAAAGGUUGGGAGUAGGAAGCAUGCAGAGGAUUACUGGGGGCAGGGGCAGCAUUGUGUCCCUGUGACCCUACACAAUUUGAACUCUCGUGUACUCUUUUGAAUGCAUGAAGUGUGCACUCUCUUGUAUUUGAUGUGGAUGUGUAUCUGUGUGAGUGCACGCUUCUGCAUCAUUCCUCUGCGUGUUCAGGCCUCCUGCUGUUUCUUGCAUGGGGUCCAAAGAAUCCUGGAAACAGCCCUGGUGCUAUGGGACAUAUGUGCUCUGUAUAGGGGCCAGCUAGUCUAACUACGCAAAUUUAAGAGUGUGACUCAAUGCACUCCAGAAUUCUCUGUAACACACAACAUAGUUCUUGGCAGACAACUCAGUGUGGAAAGCAUUUCUUGAUGCAAGCAAGUUUUGAAAUCUUAUACUAAGUAGAUACUUAAUGGCUUGGGUUAAUCAGUCCCAACAGAAGAAUGCCUGCUGUAUUGAUUAGUGUUUUGAAAAUGACUUUUAUGAGUUGGUUUCUAAAGGAAUUUGAACAUCUUUGUUUCCAGCAUUUGAAAAUGUUUUCAUUACGCAGUAUCAUUUUUAGUAUGUUGCUACUGAACCUUAUUCUGUAUAUGCAAAACUAUAUUUAAUUUAUGUCAAGAUCUUUAUAAUAUAUGUAUGUAUUAUACAGUGAUAUUUUCUUUUAUUACAUUUAUAAUUUUAUCUUGCUGUAUUUCCAAUGCCAGUGAAUGUUGCUGAAUUAUUUGUAUAUGCAAAUCGCAAGAUCUAAUAAUUCUGAUGCAAGAACAAGGUUUCAUUUUUAUUU